GGUGUGGCUUUGUGCCGUCAGCGUGGUGGCGUUAACGCGGCGCUCACGGGGUGCUGAACUGAACCUUGACGUGGAAAAGUGUUUGUGGGCUCCACUGGCCCUCAGCCCCCUGCAGCCCCCCAACCAGAAAAGUCCAGAUGGGGAAAAAGCAAGUGGCUCCGUGCUUCAGAAAACAAGUGAUAGCCAAUUGCCCUGUCUUUGUUUAGAAAGUUACAUUCUUGAGGCAUGAGAAGUCGGGCAUGUCAGGAAAGGGCUUUCAUAUAAAUCAUCCUUCUGCCAAUGAGAAGGAACUGGAAAGAUGCGGUGUAGAGCAUACAGACUGAGCAAACUUGAUAGCCAGGAGCUAAAAGGAAAAGUUUAAAAAAAAGGAUGGGAAAGCCAUAGUAAAUUCCAAGGGACCACAAUUUGCUUCUCCUGGAUGGCAGUGUUACUUCUGAUCUCCAGAGCAGAAUUCUUGCUUGUUGGCCGUGAACGGAUGAAGGGCUGACUUAGAGCCCAGGGCUCCAGGACUGCACGAACAAAUGGCAGCAGUAUGCUGAGUGCUAACGUACUGAUGAAGAGAUCAAAGAUAGCUCGUACAGGAGGUUGCAGGCUUUGGCAGCGCUCCGACGCAUGGCAGCUGGCAAGUAAUGGCAGGCACCCAGGUCGGGCCUGGCGUGGCAGAACAACAGGCAGGCAGGGCCUUGGUUCUGCUGGCAGCGUGGAGAAGGGCUGCUGGGACAGACUGCCUUAUGGCACUGCUUGUUAGCCUGGAAAAAAGAGGAAGAGGCUGAUAUUUACAGUGGCAAACCCCCCCGGCUGGCAGGAGGUGCCAGCCUGGCUCUCUGAGCAUGGGAAGGGUGCUGGGGUCAACCACUGCAGAUGUCAGAGCGUGUGGCAGAGCUUGUGCUGGAAGAGACCGUGAUUUAUAGCCAGCACUUUAACCAGAAACUGAAAAUAGGGUUGUAAACAGCUCCCACUCUCACCAAGGAAGCUGACAGCACAGAUAAGGCAGCAAUGGCAAUUUAAGGUGAAGUGACGGGUGUCUGUCAGAAAGCUGCUUUGGUCUUCGCUGUAGGAUGGUGCUGUCGACAAAGCAGCAACUGCUUCUGGCUUAUAAAGAAGCAAACCGUGCGCUUGGCUAGGUGAGGAUGCACAGGAUGCUCCCGGGGGAGUAGCAGAUACAGACUAAGUCAGCUUCUGCACAGGGAAAUGAAUGUGUGACUUCAGCACAGGUAGGCAUUCCUCUGCUGGUUUUAGGCUGUGGGUAAGAAUAGCACUGAAGAGGUGGCAGGAGGGGCAUGAAUGUAGGCUAGCAACCAGAAUACAAGCCCCCAGGGACCCUGGGCUACGUGGAUUAUGCCUACGCACGUUAGAUUUAUGCAGUAACUGCUGCGCAAACAUCAGCUACCUCAGAAAAAGGAAAAAAACAAAAAAACAACAAACUCAGAGUCCCCAGAAAAAGCAACAGAAGUCGGUAUGGAAAACAAAACAACAACAAAACCACAAGGAAAUAAAGACUUAAAGUGUAAGAAAAAGAACAGAAGCAUAUGCAGGGACAGUGAAGCUGAGCAAAUGUGUGGGUCAGUAACAGCUCGGUAAAGCUUCUUCCCACUGGCUCCUGAAAGGAACAGACCCCAGCAACAGGAGAAAAACAAGGAGAGCUUCGUGCUGCCUUUAAUAAAACAUUAAGUGAGCCAGUGUCACAGACCGUUGACCAUAAAGACGUGGUUGGGGGACAAAGGACAGAACCACUCGUCGCUGCUGUGAAAAAUGCAGCAAAAAGGUGAGAAAAGGAAGCUGUACUGUUGUCAGCUUUUUGGAGAUGAGGCUGCAGAUAAAAUAACUGAGCUUGCCAGCAGACUGCAGGUCUGAGACCUGCAGUUCCAGAGCGAGGAUGCAAAAGGGACUGCAAUAAUUAGGAGGGUUUACAGACAUUUUGGCAAAAGGUCAAGUCGUGUGUUCCAGUGCUUACCCAGAACAAGGGGAGGGUAGGAGCAAAGCUGAAGAAGUACAAACUGAGUUUUGACCCAUGAAAUCACGUGUUGACCAGAUUUUUGCUGUAAGGUUAGUUGCUACGGAGAGCAUUGAAUGACACAAGCUGUGCAUCGCCGAGCUGAAGUUUUAAGAAAGCCUCCUCUGUCUCAUAAUUCACUGUGGAGCAUCUUGAGAUGUUGUGGCACAAAAUGAUGAAUAGCAUCAGUGCAGAACGCACAGCUACAAGGAAUGUAAACUGGAGCAGCUGGCGUCAUGCAGAUACCAGUGUCAGAUGGAAGACUACACAUUCUCUUUCCCCUCGCUGCUUUGCUUUGCUGUUGGCUUCGUUAUGUGAAGAAGCGUAGCUGAUACAAUGCAGGAAUUGUGUGGUUGUGCAGUAGGACACCAGAAAGCAAGGUUUUACUGAGGAUGCAACUUCUUUCAGCUCAUGUAAGGAGCCAUUGAAAGACCGCCUGGCACUGAGGAGAAAAAAAAAAGUUUGUGUUAAUAACCAGUUAUGAAAAGAACAAAUCUAAUAAGAGUCCCAGCUAAAGCACGGUGUUAGAAAGCGAAGGAAUCAGAGGUGAGCUGGUUCACGUUCCCUAGAAAUAACAAACACUGCAAGGGAAAAUGCAGGGAGGAAUUACGAACUGGCAAUGCACCAGCUGUAUUCACCACUGCCAGCAAGAUCUGGCUAUUGAAAAGCUGCAACUUAAAGGUCAAACUCAGAUCUUGCACCUCAAAGUUAUUUCUGUCCUAACAUGCAAAUGUGGUAGAAAUAUGCUGGAGCUCUAGGCAGGCAUGUUGGUGUCUUCCAGAGUAACAGCCUCAGGAAUAAGGCCAAAUAUUAAAUAAAAUUACAUCUUUGGGCAUUUUUAACGUGAUCGAAGUACAACUUCUUACCUGUAAUGUUAUGCAGGGAAAUAGGUGAAAGUAUUUGGGACUUGGGUACCUGGGAACAGAAGUAGUUGGAGGUGAGAGUCCCUGCGAUCAGCAGCGAUGGUGCCUGCGGCUGUGGUGCUUCAGGGCCUGGGCUGGAUUAAUGCUCACUGCACCCUGCUCUGAGGGGGGUGGCAUCUCUCCUCAUUCCCUCGUUUUUGCGGUUACAGCUCUGCUGGAAAUGGUUUACAUUCCUCUCCAAGGUCUAACACAGCUUGACUCUUGGCAGUUCUUGGUGUGCUCCUCAGCUUCCUGACCCCUGCGCAGGACCUCAUUUGGAGGAGCCUUCCUUCUCGCCCAGUUCUCAGCUCCUCCUAAUGUGCAGGCUCACGUUCUGCCAGGUGCCUCCUUGUGCUUUGGUUUGAACAGCUUUAGAAUUAAUUUAAACUGAUGCACGUGUGUUGUGGGCUUUGCCUCAUGGAGUAACUGGGCUCAGGAUAAGUUGCUCAGGCAGCAAAAUAGGUACUGGGCCAGCUCCUUCACUCAGGCUCCUUCAAGGCACAUCAAGCCACUAGACCAAAGAUGCAGAGGGAAAGGGUGGACCAGACAGAGCAUAACACUUUCUCAAAUCCUUAGCAAGCUUUCCCUGGGGAGCUGCUCAGAGCUGGAGUGCAGGGUGGCACUCGGUGCUCAGGUAGUCCCAUAGCCUGAAAGAAAAAAACAAUCUCCCUCCUUAUUUCAUAAAUUAUAUUGACCAUGAAUUCUCUGUAGCUGAAGACCUGGAAUGUCCAGCCUGGCAUGUAGAUACUCUUGCUGUCAUGAUGUAAAACAAUUAAUUAAAACCGGGUUCCCUAAGAUGAGAAUGAAUUUAAGCAUCCAGCAGUGGGCUCGAGUCAGGUCUCAGCCUGAACCAUAGCAAAGGGUGGGCCAAGGCCCCAGAUAAGUGUGUGCCAGCACAGCUCACAGCAUUUGCAGGAAGGAGGCUUCAGGGUGUUCAUAUACCUCUGCCACAGAGUCCUAGUUUUUCAUUAUGUCCAAACUUUUCCAAGCUGGAGGUGGGCGUCCAUAGGACUGCUGCUGGGGGUGUGCAGGAGCUGGCCCUGGCCGUGCUGCUGUUGGUGGGCCUCUUCCCAGUGCCACCGUGUGUCACCGUACUGGUGGUGGCUGGGAACGGGCUCGUGAUGCAGUGCAUGUAGUUAUCCCCAAACAGCAGUGAGAUAACCCCGCUGCUAUGUCCUGUGGCAAUGUGUCUGGGGAAGGUGUCCCCCGCUUUGCUGUGUCACCUCACUGACCAGGUGCUGCCCUGUGGAGAGGGACAGUUUCCGAGGAAGAUGGGAGGGAUUUAGGCAAUGCCUGCGGGUGUUUUUGGAACUGGAGCGCAGCCUAGGGCAGGACGGUGCCUGGUUUCUGGGUAUCUUUGCUGCAUGAGGCCUGGAUGGCAGGGAAGGGAGGUGGCAGCUUCAGAGCACUGCUGGCACCGCAACGUGGAGUUACAGCUGUCCGCUUUGGGGAGUGCUCUGGAGGAAUAAAUGCUUCGGAUUGUUUCAGGGCUCUGCAGUCCCAGGGAGUUGACAUGUGGUCAAACGUCACUACCAAAUUUUUUAUUGUCAGACGGGCAGGAGUCUGUUUCAUCAGGUAGCAUCACUUCCCUUCAGAAGUCACCCAGCUCUCCUCUCUUGCCCAUCGGCUCCUUCUCAGGCUGCUACAUCCUUGUGCGGAUCAUCUCCCCCCAGCCCAGCAUCCUCCCCCUGCAUACCAGCACUGGGAGCGCUGCCUUGCCCUCCCCUUUCUCGUCUCUCCUCCUGAAAGAUGACCACAGCAGAGGGCUUGCUUCCUGCUCACUGCGUGCCACUGCCUCUGUACGGUCAUGGUGGUGCUGCAUUUGCUUUCCAUGCUCUUUCUCAAGUCCUGUUGGUUACCGCUGCUCUCUGCCGAGCACACUCUGCCUUGGGACAGCUCGCAGUGACACCUGGGUCUCGGUGGAAGGUUAGAGUGUAUGGCUGCUUGCAGGAUAUUGCAGUUCAUAGGUGCUCUCUGAUCCAAAUCCCUUGGUCUGUCACAGCAGGCCGCCCUGCACAGCACUCGUGCUGGGAGCCGUGCAGCUUUUGUUUGCCUCUCUGGUCUGGACUAACCUGUAUGAGUGGCUUUCCUUCCCCCUCACUGCUCAUCUGUUCCCUGACAUUAACUAGUACAUCAAAUAGCCUCCUGGGCAGAGAGACGUGCCAGUGCCAAGAAGUCCUUGCCUUCUCUGCUUGUCGUGGUUAAGACUUUGACUUGCACUUGCUGACCUGCGUGAGCAGGGGGUUGGACGAGGUGACCUCUAGAGGUCCCUGUGCGACUCAGCGAUCCGUCACUCCUGUCCCACACUCACUGCGCACGUUCGCAGCCUGGUGGUGACAGAUCUGCCACCUGGGGUGGCUAGUGCUGGGCAGCUGUGGCAGCUGCCUUGUUAAUGUGUGUGUGCCUGCAUUUAGCACAGCUGUACUGCGUCAACCAAAAGCCUGCAUCACCCCUUGCCCUGUUUCUCAGCGUCCAAGCGUGGCUGCUUGGGAAGGAGCAGGGCGAGCGCACCUCACCCUUCCCUCAUGCAUCUUCUGGCUCCAGCAGUGGGUGCUGCCAGCUUGCAGCCCCUCUCCCCUUUGGGGUGCCUCCUGACACAGGUUGGGAUGGGGUGGCUGUCCCCAGGCUCCCCGUGUGGCUGUGCUUGGGGUGGGGGAACGGUGGCUGCGUGGACAGCAGGUGGCUGCGUGUCGUAACUGGGUCACCAGAGUGUCCCGGGCCUGUUACGCAAGCAGAGACAGGCUUAGGUGGUAGCCAAGCAGCCACCUGCUCCCUCUGCCUUUUGGCUGAUAGCACAGCUCCAGCUCUACAGGCUUCUCAAUUUAGGUCUAAUUUUAUUUCUGUAUCUCUUAGCCAGUUGUUCUGCACAUUUCCUGGUAACUCCCUUUCUUCUGCCUAUGAGUGACUUGCCAAAGCUUGUCCCAAUCCUACUUCUCUAUCAAGCUCCAAUUUUUUUUUUUUUCUCUCCUGAUAGAAGAAGCCUUUUGCACAUUGCUCCGCUUCCCCUCCCCUCCAGCCUUUGUUUCCUCGUGUUUGUGCUGGGCUGAUGUUUGCUCAGCGGCAGGUUUCUCCCUCAGCAGCUUUUCAUUGUUUUAUCCUCGGUCCCCGUGCGCUGUGCCCCGACCCCGGUCAGCAGGCUCAGCCUGCCCAGCCGGCAGCCAGCCCGCGGCACGGUGCGGUCCCCACAAUGCUGGUUUCUUCUCGGCCUAAUACCUACGCAUUAAUCAAAAGGCAGUAAGAGCAAAACCUUGAUCUUCGGCACUCCAGACAAAGGUGUGCCAAGACCAACAGCCCGUGGGACCACAUCACUGUUGAUCCUCUAAGUCCCUGCACCAAGCUCCUGUUUUUCAGGUGCUCUGCCUCUCAGGUCUCUUCUUCUUCCUCAUCUACAGGCCAGUAGCGUGUCCUUCCUAGCAGGAUUUGUAUAUUUUGGUCUCUGCCACCCAACUUGUGCUCAUUCCUUGCCUUUGCCAUCCCUGGGGGAGAGCAGCAGCUUUCCCUGGGCCUGUGGAGCCGGCUGGGUUCGUGCCACGUUGGAAGCGGGGAGGUAACAGGGCCGUGUCUCUCUCCCUGCAGCCCGCGGAGCCGUGUCCCCUGCUAUGAUGCCAGGGCAGAUCCCCGACCCGUCGCUGACGGCCGGCGCGCUGCCUGGGCUCGGCCCCUUGACGGGACUGCCUGGCACCGCCCUGACCGCCGAGGAGCUGAAGUACGCCGACAUCCGCAACAUCGGGGCCAUGAUCUCGCCGCUCCACUUCCUGGAGGUGAAGCUUGGGAAGAGGCCCCAGCCCGUGAAAAGUGAGCUUGAUGAGGAAGAGGAGAGGAGGAAAAGGCGCCGGGAGAAAAACAAGGUAGCAGCAGCGCGAUGUCGUAACAAGAAGAAGGAGAGGACAGAGUUCCUGCAGCGGGAGUCGGAGCGUCUGGAGCUCAUGAACGCGGAGCUGAAGGCCCAGAUAGAAGAGCUGAAACAAGAGAGGCAGCAGCUGAUCCUGAUGCUCAACCGGCACCGUCCGACCUGCAUUGUGCGGACAGACAGCAUCAAGACACCUGAGAGCGAAGCUAACCCACUGCUGGAGCAGCUAGAGAAGAAGUGAAGGUGGCACUGGGCCAGGAGGAGGAGACAGUGGCGCAGGGUCUUCCAGGGUCUCUAACGUAUGUACUGUAUGAAGAACUGUGCACCGAGGCCUGGUGCAUCCAGGACCCAGUGGGCUUCCUUGGGAACUAUGGACCAAACAAAUUUUGGGGGCAGAGAAGAUUGGGAACCUGUCAACCGUCUACUCUGAGGCUGAACCCGGGAGCAGGGCUAGCGGCGCGGGCGAGGGCAACCUCUCUGUGAUACCUCAUCGCGGCCCUUCGGCCUGCUCGCGGCCCCGCGGCCCCACGGCACGGCAGCACGUCCUGCGAGGAGGAGGAGGAGGAGGAGGAGAGGAGGAGGCACGGGAGGAGCUCCUGCUUCACCCUCUCUCUUUCCCACAGCCCCUCAGCGUGCCGGGGAGGAGCGGGGCCUGCAGGCGGCAGGGACGGCGGCGGAGCGGAGCCUGCAGCACUCCCGUCCCGCCGCGUGCCGGAGCCAUCCCCGGAGGCUGCCGCCGCUCCUGGCGCACACUCCACACGAAAACCCCAACCGAAGAACCGCAAACACUUGACGCGGCCCCGUCUGGUGGGCAGGCCUGUCGGGGCUCGGUGGCGCAGGCGCCCCCCACGAGCACACUCUCAGUAUAAUGUUUACAGCCCAGCUGUCCGCGUCGGCCGUGCUUUUGAAUGCACAUUUUUACACUUUUUUUUUUUUUUUAAGAUAUUUUUUACAAAGUUUUUAUACAGCGAUCUCUAUAUGGAUUUAUAUAAUCACUAGAUGUGAUCCCAUAGAAAUGUAUGUUAUGAUGGUCUGUUUGUUACAAAUGCAUAUGCCACAGUUAUCUCCAUUGUGUUACUUGUCCGGCGGCGUCCGGCUCCUUCCCCCAGCACGCUGGGGAGGGGGUCCAGCAGCCCUCCGCAGGGCCGUCGCUGCCGUCUCCAUCCAUGUAUGUCCUUCAUAAUACUCAGUUCUGUAUCUCUCAGUAAAUGUUACCUUUACAUA